AUGGAACACGCGUCGGAAAACGAUGAGAAAAGCAACGAUGAAGAUCUUGACGAUCAUCCCACGCAAAUUAUGGUGCCAUCCGAUCCGUCCAAGUGGAACUCGAAUGACAUAAGCAAAUGGAUUUUAUGGUGCAGUCACACAUUUGCCAUAAGACUAGGAUCCAUCGCAGCAAUACUUCCAUCAACUGGCAAAGAACUACUACGAUUAACACUACAAGAUUGGCGGGAUAUCGGCGGAACAGGAGGUAGUAUCCUAGCAAGACACUUGGCUCAUCUUCGUCUACAGGCCACUGGCAUGCAUACUACGGAUUUACUACAAGAGAACGAAAAUAAUAAGGAAAUUGAAAGGUUCAGCCUCCUACAACGGACUUGCUCGCUGAUUGGAUCAACAGCUGGAGCCAGUGGCUCGGGGGCGGUCGGAGGCGGACAGGUUCAGCUCUGGCAAUUCCUGCUAGAGCUGCUCUCAGAUUCGUCUAACUCAUCUUGUAUCGCGUGGGAGGGCUCGAAUGGGGAAUUCAAGCUCACCGAUCCGGAUGAAGUAGCGCGCCGUUGGGGUGAGCGCAAGAGCAAGCCUAACAUGAAUUACGACAAACUGUCACGCGCGUUGAGAUAUUACUACGACAAGAACAUAAUGACAAAAGUUCAUGGUAAACGUUAUGCUUACAAAUUCGAUUUUCGUGGUUUGACGAUGGCUUGUCAGUCACAAGCAGGCAUUAUGUUGGAAGCGUCGACGUCGUCGCGCGUAACAAAUACGAGCUGCCAUUCUCAUCAUCAGGCUCAUCGCACUCCUCGCUUGUAUCCAGUUGGACCUGCUCAGCACUCUGCACCAUCCACGUUCCAAUCAGAACAAUCGUCUUCCAGUCAACAACAACCUCCGCCACCUCCACCGCCAUUGCCACCACCACAUUAUUGGCCAUAUCGAUAUUCACCACCGACAUAACA